AGAGCACAAAUAGACUCUUUAAUUUGAUCAAUCAUCCCCUCUUUUUCUCUUCUUUAAUUUUCCAAGAAAAAAAAUAUACCAACAACAACAACAAUAAAUGGUCAUGUAUAUAAAAAAAUUCUUCAAGAAGGAUUCUUCUUCUUACAACAAAGAAAAAUUGUUGUUACAUGAUGAAAAAAGAAAUGGUUGUUGUAUUUACUUCAACAAUAUUCAAGAUUUUGCUAAAAAAGCAAUUGAAAUGGGUAAAAAUGAUCCAAGAAAAAUCAUUUUUUCAUUAAAAAUGGGAUUUGCUUUAUUUUUUGUGUCUCUUCUUAUUUUCUGGAAGGAACCAUUUCCAGAGAUUGCUCAGUUCUCAAUAUGGGCAAUUUUAACAGUUCUUAUUAUGUUUGAGUUCACCAUAGGAGGAACACUUAUUAAAGGAUUUAAUCGUGGUUUGGGUACAUUAUUUGCUGGGAUGCUUGCUUUCAUCUUUGCUCAAUUAGCAUUAUGUGCUGGAGAAUGGGAAAAAGUUGUAUGGGUUUUCAGUAUUUUUAUCGUAGCAUUUUGUGGAACAUAUUUGAAGUUAUAUCCAACAAUGGCACCAUAUGAAUAUGGAUAUAGAGUAUUUAUUUUGACAUAUUGUAUUCUCAUUAUGGCUGGAAAUAGGACUGGAGGAUAUAAUGUGGCAAUUUUAACUCGUUUAGCCCUAAUUGCUCUUGGUGCUUGUAUUUGCUUGAUUAUUAAUAUUGGUAUUUGCCCUAUUUGGGCUGGUGAAGAUUUGCAUCGAUUGGUCGUUAAGAAUUUCAUGGAUCUUGCAACGUCUUUAGAAGGUUGUAUUGAUGGAUACUUAAAUUGUGUUGAGUGUGAUGAAUCUACAAAUCACUCGAACUAUAAUGGAUACAAAUCGGUCAUCGAAUCUACAACUCGAGAGCAAACAUUGCUUGGAUUUGCUAUUUGGGAGCCACCUCAUGGACGUUAUAAAAUGCACAAGAAUCCAUGGAGAGAUUUUGUCAAAUUAAGCAGUGAAUUGAGGCAUUGUGCAUUCAUGGUUAUGGCAUUACAUGGAUGUAUCCAAUCAAAAAUUCAGGCACCACCAGAUAAGAGGAAGGUUUUUCAAAAUGAGCUUAAAAGAGUCGGUAUCGACGCUACAAAUGUUCUACGUGAGCUAGGAACAAAAUUACAUAAAAUGGAAGCGCUAAAUAGUCAUGAAAAUAUCCUAAAAGAAGUACAUGAGACAGCACAAAAUCUUCAGAAAAAAAUAGACAACAAGUCAUAUCUCUUAGUCAACUCAAAAAAUUGGGAAAUUGGAAAACCAAAUAUUAAUUUUGAUGAUUCAUCAAAUUAUGAAAAUGGUAGUAGUGAAAAUUUGCCAUUAAAUUUUCAAUCACUUAGUGAAACAGCCAUUGACAUAAGGGAUUUGCAUACUCCACAAUAUCCAAAAGAUGAAUUGGUCACAAAGUCCAUGUUAUUCAACAAGCAAAAUCAUUGGCCUUCAUGUCUCUCAAUACUUGAUGGUGAAGAGAUUGAUACAAUUGAUGAAAUUGAAACUUAUUUAAGUGCUAGUGCUUUGUCUUUGGCUACUUUUGCUUCACUUCUCAUUGAAUUUGUUGCAAGGCUACAAAAUGUGGUUGAUUGUUUUGAAGAAUUAAGUCAAAGGGCAGAGUUUAAAGAGCCCAUUAGUGUAAAGAGUUAGAAGAAUUUAUCAAGUACUCCUUCAUCGUUAACUAGAUGUUUCAGAUUCGAAUUUCCUUGAGUAUGGAGUCGUCUUUGUUAAGAAGCGCUUUUUCCAAAAUGGGAUUUUUCAGCGCGAAUUUGAAUCUAAUCGAACUCCAAUGUAAAUAUUGAACACCAAAUGAAAAUAAUAACUCUUUAUCAAGUAUGUUCAUGAUGAAA